AUGGCAUCAUAUCGGCCAAACAAGCGCGUCCCAUCUGCUCCCUAUGGUGCCAGUAAAGCUGGCGUUCGCAACAUGGCACAUACUCUUGCGAUGGAGUGGGCCAAGUACGGUAUCCGCGUCAAUAGUGUCUCCCCGGGUCUUGUCCGUACCGCCAUGACAUACUGGGUUUCUCAGCAACCCGACUGGGAGCAACAACUAAAGUACUACGGUGGCUUUCCUAGAUUAGCUGAGGUUCAGGAACUUGGAGGCGCUUAUGUUUACCUGCUCAGCGAUGCUGCAAGCUAUACUACUUCGAUUGAUAUCCCAGUAAACGGUGUGAUUGGAAUCUGCUAA